GAAGAAUCUAGCUGGAGUAUGAGCUAUGUCUGAGAACCACUUGGUUUAUAAAUAAGUGCCAAGAUAAUCCAGAACAGGGAGAAGCAGAGCGCAGAUAGUCUGCUGGACUCCUCCUGCCGUUGAAAAGUACCCUUAGAGAGGAAAACUUUUCCCUCUCUUCUGCCUUGAAAGUUUUCCCAAACAUGAAGACAAUAAGCUUAUUCAUUUUUGUGGGAUUUAUAGGAGAGUUCCAAGUUUUUUCAAGGGUGAUGGGGACAGGUCAGGUCAUUUUAUGGAACAAUUAGAAUAUGUGUCAGGGCUGUGCUAGGACCUGGGGAUGCUGAGAAGUUAGAAGACCCUUAGUGUCUACUGGAUGACUCAGAUCCUGAGAUGGUUCUUUGCAAUUGCCUCUUCUCCAGUCAACUGCCAGUGGGAUUCCUAUGGCCCUUGGUCAGAAUGCAGUGGCUGUACCAAGACUCAGACUCGCACACGCUCAAUCGCUGUUUAUGGGCAGUAUGGGGGCCAACCUUGUGCCGGAAGUGCUUUUGAAACACGGUCAUGUGAACCUACACUGGGGUGUCCUACAGAAGAGGGCUGUGGAGAACGUUUCAGGUGUUUUUCAGGACAAUGUAUCAGCAAAUCAUUGGUUUGCAAUGGGGAUUCUGAUUGUGAAGAGGAUGGCGCUGAUGAAGACAGAUGUGAGAACUCAGAAAGCAGAACUUCGUGUGACACUGAUAAACCUCCUCCCAACAUAGAACUUACUGGUAAUGGUUACAAUGCACUCACUGGUCAGUUGAGGAAUGGAGUCAUUAACACCAAAAGCUUUGGUGGUCAAUGCAGAAAAGUGUUCGGUGGGGAUGAAAGAGAUUUCUAUAGGCUGAGUGGAAAUAUCCUCUCCUAUACAUUUCAGGUGAAAGUAAAUAAUGAUUUUAAUUAUGAAUUUUACAACAGUAGUUGGUCUUAUGUAAAACAAACAUCUGAAGAACAUACAUCUUCCAGUGAGAGCUCUUCCUUUUUUCAUUCUUCAUCAUCUGCUUCACACAGUUAUAAGUCAAAUUUCAAUGAAAUCUAUAAGAAAAAGAGUUAUCAAUUAUUGGUUAUUCAGAACACUGUUGAAGUGGCUCAGUUCAUUAACAACAAUCCAGAAUUUUUACAACUUGCUGAGCCAUUCUGGAAGGAACUUUCCCACCUUCCCUCUGUGUAUGACUACAGUGCUUACCGAAGAUUAAUUGAUCAGUAUGGGACACAUUACCUGCAGUCUGGAUCCUUAGGAGGAGAAUACAGAGUUCUAUUUUAUGUGGACUUCGGAAAAGUCAAACAGAGUGGUUCUGUUUUGUUAGAACAUACGACAUGUACUUCUUCAGAUUUUCAUUUUCUCUUUGAAUCAUCAGAGCAAGAAUGCAAGGAACUGGAAGACUCUCUAAAAUUGGGUUCAGGAAACCAGAACAAUGUGUUGCGAGGAGUCCCAUUUGUCAGAGGGGGAGGUCCCGGCUUCAUAGCUGGCCUUAGUUUCCUACAGCUGGACAAUCCUGCUGGUAACAAAAGGCGGUACUCCGACUGGGCGGAGUCUGUGACUCGUCUUCCCCAAGUCAUAAAACAGAAGCUGACACCUAUAUAUGAGCUGGUAAAGGAAGUACCUUGUGCAUCUGUGAAAAGACUGUACCUGAAGCGGGCUCUUGAAGAGUAUUUGGAUGAAUUCCACCCCUGCCAUUGCCGGCCUUGCCAAAAUGGUGGUUUGGCCACUGUUGGGGAGACCCAGUGUCAGUGCCAUUGCAAACCAUAUACAUUUGGUGUGGCUUGUGAGCAAGGAGUCCUCAUAGGGAACCAAGCAGGCGGGGUUGAUGGCGGUUGGAGUUGCUGGUCCUCUUGGGGCCCCUGUGUUCAAGGGAAGAAAGCAAGGAACCGGGAAUGCAAUAACCCACCUCCCAGCAGGGGUGGGAAGUCCUGUGUUGGAGAAACUACUGAGAGCAGGCAAUGUCAAGAUGAGGAGCUGGAGCAUUUACGAUUGCUUGAACCACAUUGCUUUCCUGUAUCUUUAGUUCCUAAAGAAUUCUGUCCAUCACCUCCUGCCUUAAAAGAUGGAUUUGUUCAAGGGGAAGGUACUGUGUUUCCUGUUGGGAAAAAGAUACUCUACACUUGCAAUGAAGGAUACUCUCUUGUUGGAGACCCUGUUGCCAGAUGUGGAGAAGAUUUACAGUGGCUUGUCGGGGAAAUGUAUUGUCAGAAGAUUGCCUGUGUCCUACCGGAACUGAUGAAUGGCAUACAGAGUCAACCCCAAAAACCGUUCUACUCAGUUGGCGAGAAGGUGACUCUCUCCUGUUCAGGUGGCAUGUCCUUAGAAGGUCCUUCAGCAUUUCUCUGUGGCUCCAGCCUCAAGUGGAGUCCUGAGAUGAAGAAUGUCCAGUGUGUGCAAAAAGACACCCCUUUAACACAGGCAGUGCCUAAAUGUCAGCGCUGGGAGAAACUGCAGAAUUCAAGAUGUGUUUGUAAAAUGCCCUAUGAAUGUGGAUCUUCCUUGGAUGUAUGUGCUCGAGAUGAGAGAAGCCAACGGAUACUGCCUCUGACAGUUUGCAAGUUGCAUGUUCUUCACUGUCAGGGUAGAAAUUAUACUCUUACUGGUAGGGACCGCUGUACUCUGCCUGCCUCAGCCAAGAAAGCUUGUGGUGCAUGUCCAUUGUGGGAAAAAUGUGAUGGCAGUAGUGGCAAAUGUGUCUGCCGAGAAGCAUCUGAGUGCCAGGAAGAAGGGUUUAGUGUCUGUGUGGAAGUGAGCGGCAAGGAGCUGACAAUGUCUGAGUGUGAGGCGGGCGUCCUGAGAUGCAGAGGGCAGAGCAUCUCUGUCACCAGCAUGAAGCCCUGUGCUGCCGAAACCCAGUAGGCUCUGGAGACAUCAGUCAGCUUGCGUGGAAUCCAGCAGGCCAUUGGGGCUUAAUGAGAACAUCUGCACACCUGGGCACUUUGACAACUUUUCCAGCAUGGAGACACAUUCUUUCUUUCUCCUUCCUCUCCAGUGUACAUUUUCCACAGCAACCCUCAGCCACCUGUGUAAACAAACCCUUUGUGUCCCAAAUCUGAAUCCAGAUACUCUCCCCCACCCCUAUUUCUUUUUAAAAGGACAGGAUGAAGAAUAUUAAUGAGCCGUUAUAGGAGCUAGUUGUGUGUUUUGGGGAAAAUUCUCUGGACUAUUUUUGUCUGUAAAAUUAGAGGGUUAGACUAGAGACACUUGCAUGUUCCAUCCAUCCCCUGUGAUUCUAUUAAGUAUGACUGACCCAGCCAAUGGGCCAGAACACAUUUUAUGAAUUGAUUAGGAAAACAGAACACAAUUUCCUGAUUAGAGAGGUUGGCUUUCCUCAAUGAAAUCAAAUACAAAAAGGACCUCGAAUGAAAAAAGACAGAUACAAUUAUUUCCAUCUUGAGUUGUAAUGUCACGCUUCACCCUGUUGAGUCCCCGCCACAUGUGGGGAUUCCUGUUCUUGUCAGGAGAUUGAACCAUUUAAAUGUCAGCACGGAAUUCAUCAUGCUGUGGUCACAGGGCCCCUUCUGCUUUCUUGUCUGAGAACAAAUAUGAUUCAGUCUUUUCCUGGGGGCUUUUUUUUUUUUUUUUUUUUUUUUAGUAUGUGUGAAAAACAAGACCUGCAAUCAAUCUCCACCCUGUUUUUGAAGGAAGUAUCAGGUCAUGUCUGAGCUACUGACUGAUGCAUAAUUGAGACUAGUCUCCCUUAAUGUGGAUACACUCCUAGAUUUUUUCCAAAGGUAUGCAAUUUGAAGCAUUGGUCUUCUACUUAUUUCUUAUUCAUUUUUAAAAAUCAAAACAGAAAAAGCAGAUGUGGGCGGUAAAAUUAGUGGGAAGAAGUAGAAUUUAAAAUGUUUUUAUAUACAAAUACUGUGUCCGUGUUUUUCUAAUGCUGAUAAAUACAUUUCAAAAAAACUUUAAUGAAGAUUAUUAAGGAUUAAGAACUCAUUAAAGGAGAUUUUUUUUGAUCUGUAUAA